AUGCGGCUCAACUCUAUCCUGUUGCCUGCAUCUCUUAUGCUCUGCAUCCCGACUGCAUCUGCUCAGCUGCCAGGGGGCAGUAAUUCCAGCAACGCUCUUGUAAACGCACAGCUGGGCCCAUACCCAGUUACAAUAAAUGAGCAUGAGAUCAAGACCACACGUCCGGACCCGCUUGCAGACUCGCCAGAGUUUCGACGCCUGCUCGUCACCGUGUACCGGCCUCAUCUCGACAACUUCACAUGCCCAGACGAAUAUCUGACGUACAUCCCAUAUGGUCCACCUCUUGUCAACGCCGCCAUCCUCGACAGCCUAGCCAUAUAUGAUAAUUACACUGAAAACAAUCAAGUGACAGAUCGGUCAACCAAGGCGGAACCAUUCAACCAGGCCAGGCUCCUCAACUGCUCUCGGCCGUUUGAGCCUUCGGCCUCCUCUGGCCCGAUCGUGGUCUUCUCGCCUGGCGCUAAAGGCGUUCAUAACUUCUACACUGGCCUUCUUCAAUCAGUUGCGAGCUCCGGCUACACGGUUGUCGCAAUUGAUCAUACCUAUGAGUCUAUUGCCCAGGUGUUCCCUGACGGAACUGUUGCAAUGCAGAGCAAAAAGGCACAAAAGUUCUACGAUGACACACAACCAAACGUGGAAGGCCUGCAGCCCGUCCGCUCCAGCGACAUGACGGAUGUGCUGGAUGCUAUUGAGAAUGGCGAGGUGCCUGGCCUCGGACCGUUUACUAAAACCAACCCUGAUUCGACUACGACGAGCGACACAAAUUGGUCUGAUCCUACAGCCAAGCCGCUUCGCGUCGCUGCCUACGGACAUUCUCUCGGUGGUAGCACUGCUCAAAACGCGCUUGUCUUUGACAGCCGUGUGGUUGGUGGCAUCAACAUUGAUGGCCCAGUCUUCGGGCCGGCAAGAAACGCCUCUACCAGCAAGCCUUUUCUCAUCCUUGGCUCGGAAGAACUAUCCCCUGACAUCCUGGCACCGCAAUUAUCAGAAAUCUACGGCAGCUACAAUGGCUGGAAAUCAUGGGCUUGGGUGAACAACACGGCACACUACGGCUUCACCGAUAUACCUCUGUUUGCAGAUGCUUUUAAUCUCCGUGGCGAUUAUUUCCCAAAAGUCUUCACAGGUUCAAUCGGGAGCGCACGCAAUCAAGAGAUCUAUUGGCGAAUAAGCGUGAGCUUCUUUGAUUAUGUUUUCAAGGGAACCCAGCCGGAUCUGCUGGUUGCUCCUUUGCUGCAGUACCCAGAUAUUUUCCUCAGAGCCCAUUCGGAGCCUAACACAGGUUGA